UUGACUCUGCGAGAGAGUGACGAGGUCGCCGUCAUUCCACCUAUAAGUGGGGGAUAGUACACCACUCCCAAGUCUCCACACUUCAAAAUAUAGAAUGGACUUUAUAGAGAUAACAGAAGAGAAACUGGAUGUCAACAAUAUAUCACAGAUGGUCACAGACCCAAGUUGUGGUGCUAUAUCUAUUUUUGUUGGAAUUACAAGGGAUAAUUUUGAUGGUAAAAAGGUGCUGAGACUAGAAUAUGAAGCCUAUAAACCGAUGGCAGAGAGGAAAAUGAAGGAAAUUUGCGAUGAUAUAAGAAAAAAGUGGCAGAUACACAAAAUAGCAAUGAUUCACAGAAUUAAUGUGGUCCCCAUUUCUGAGGCCAGCAUUGUCAUCGCUGUAUCCUCAUCACAUAGGAAGGACUCCCUUGAGGCUGUGGAGUAUGCCAUCAACACACUGAAGGCCACCGUGCCCAUUUGGAAAAAGGAAAUUUAUGCAGAUGAGUCCUCUAGCUGGAAGGAGAACAAGGAGUGUCCUUGGAGUAAACAGUAACAGUCCUUUUACAGAUCAAAGAAAACUACAUGUAUUAAUUAGUAGUAUAUUCAUUUUCCAAGAAUUUGAUGCAAAAUUAUUUUUUAUCAAGAGAUCCAGUGAACAUGUGCAUUGUAUUGAAACUAUUCGUUUUAAUUUAUAUUAUACAUGUGUUGAUUUUAUUUGUAAAAUUUAUCUUGCCCUUUCCAUGUUAAAAUAGAAUUGUGUAUUUUAUCGUUAUAACCAGAGAAACGUAGUAGAAAUAGAGGAACAACUGCAACAUACAUUUAAACUUUUUUCAUCGACCAUGUAUAAAUGAAAAAUACCAAUUAUUAAAUUAAAGGUUCUGUGUGCAUUUAAUGUAAAAAGAAAAUUAGGAAAUACCAGCUAAAUUAUAUACUUGGUAAGGAUGACUGCACUUAAGGAAACUUAGAAAUUGCGACAUAAUUAAUUUUUAAAAUGGGCAUUUCUCUUUCAAUAGUAGAAAUGGUCAAUGUCUUAACUGCAGCUUUGUGUAAUUACGUUAAUUAAAAGUUCGUAUUAACGAAGUUCGAAGUCGUUUUUAUAGGGAGGGAUCAUCGCAUAUUCUGGAAUCUCCAUAGGAUAAUGAGUACGCCCAUCUUUUCACAGGCUUAAUACAUAGUCAGCGCAUGUUUGUCUAUUGAUCUCCUUUUAAUGGUAGUU